GCUCCCGGCUCCUCUGUCACUUCCUGAUUCCCGCUUCCUGCUUCCCAGAGGCCGGGAUCCGGAGCCGCCCGAGGCCGGUGCCACAGCCCCUGGCGCCCCCGACAUGUCCUUCCGCAAAGUGGUUCGCCAGAGCAAAUUCCGGCAUGUGUUCGGGCAGCCGGUCAAGAAUGAUCAGUGCUAUGAGGACAUUCGCGUGUCGCGUGUCACCUGGGACAGCACCUUCUGCGCAGUCAACCCUAAGUUCCUGGCGGUGAUUGUGGAGGCCAGCGGUGGGGGCGCCUUCCUGGUGCUCCCCCUAAGCAAGACGGGCCGCAUUGACAAGGCCUACCCGACAGUGUGUGGACACACGGGACCUGUCCUUGACAUUGAUUGGUGUCCCCACAAUGAUGAAGUCAUUGCCAGCGGCUCGGAGGACUGCACGGUCAUGGUGUGGCAGAUCCCGGAGAACGGGCUGGCUGCCCCACUGACAGAGCCGGUGGUGGUGCUGGAGGGCCACACCAAGCGAGUGGGCAUCAUCACCUGGCACCCGACGGCCCGCAACGUGCUACUCAGCGCAGGCUGCGACAACGUGGUGCUCAUCUGGAACGUGGGCACGGCGGAGGAGCUGUACCGCCUGGACAGCCUGCACCCCGACCUCAUCUACAACGUCAGCUGGAACCACAAUGGCAGCCUCUUCUGCUCCGCCUGCAAGGACAAGAGUGUGCGCAUCAUCGACCCCCGCCGGGGCACCCUGGUGGCGGAGCGGGAGAAGGCUCAUGAAGGGGCCCGGCCCAUGCGGGCAAUCUUCCUGGCAGAUGGCAAGGUGUUCACCACAGGCUUCAGCCGCAUGAGCGAGCGGCAGCUGGCACUCUGGGACCCGGAGAACUUCAAGGAGCCCAUGGCCUUGCAGGAGCUGGACUCGAGCAACGGAGCCCUGCUGCCCUUCUACGACCCCGACACCAGCGUGGUCUAUGUCUGCGGCAAGGGCGACUCCAGCAUCCGGUACUUUGAGAUCACAGACGAGCCUCCCUACAUCCACUUCCUGAACACAUUCACCAGCAAAGAGCCCCAGAGGGGCAUGGGCAGCAUGCCCAAGAGGGGCUUGGAGGUCAGCAAGUGUGAGAUCGCCCGGUUCUACAAACUGCAUGAACGCAAGUGUGAGCCUAUUGUCAUGACUGUGCCAAGAAAGUCGGACCUCUUCCAGGAUGACCUGUACCCCGACACAGCCGGGCCCGAGGCGGCCCUGGAGGCGGAGGAGUGGGUGAGCGGGCGGGACGCCGACCCCAUCCUCAUUUCCCUGCGGGAGGCCUACGUGCCCAGCAAACAGCGGGACCUGAAGGUCAGCCGGCGCAACGUGUUAUCCGACAGCCGGCCCGCCGUGGCCCCUGGCUCCGCCCGCCCAGGGGCCUCCACAUUUGCUGCCUCUACCACUGCCACCACCCCCAGUGGCAGCCUCACUGGAGCCAGGGAGGCUGGGAAGCUGGAGGAGGUGAUGCAGGAGCUGCGGGCCCUGAGAGCACUGGUCAAGGAGCAGGGGGAGCGCAUUAGCCGCCUGGAGGAACAGCUGGGGCGCAUGGAGAAUGGGGAUGCGUAGGACCACAGGCCCAGUGGAGGCCGCUGCCCUCACCUCCACCUCCUCUCACUCAGCCUCUGUUGGCAGGUCACACCACAGGCUGGCUGCCCCCUGCCGAGGGCCUCUGGGGCCAGUCCACACCCUGACCCAUCCUGUGGGCCCAGGCUGGAGCCACUGCCUGGCUUUUGUCACUGUUACUGUGGAAGAUUUUUGUACCAUGGCAAGCUUAUACUCUGAGGGACCAUCUCCCCCACCCCGCCUGGCCCUCACUCCCUCCCUGGAGGAAGCUGGAGGGAUGGGCUCUCUAUUUUCAUUUCAAAUAAAAUUCUCUUUCUAAAA